AUGAUCGCCGUAAACUCUUUCUUCUUCUUCUUCUCAUUCCUUUUCGUCUCCUCUGUUUAUUCCAAAGUGACGAUUUCAUUUUCUCCCCAAACCCUCAAUCGAUCUGGCGACACCGUCGUGAUCAAAUGGUCCGGCGUCGAGUCACCGUCCGAUCUCGACUGGCUAGGAAUCUACUCUCCGCCGGAAUCUCCUCACGAUCACUUCAUAGGCUACAAAUUCCUUUCCGAUUCGCCCGAUUGGAAAUCCGGGUCGGGUUCGAUUUCCCUUCCCUUGACCAAUCUCCGAUCGAAUUACUCCUUCCGGAUCUUCCACUGGACCCAAUCCGAAAUCAACCCCAAACACAACGACCACGACCACAAUCCCUUACCCGGAACUCGCCACCUUCUAGCCGAAUCAAACCGGUUAACUUUCCGGUCGGGCCUUAACCGGCCGGAACAGAUCCAUUUGGGUUUAACAGACUUGGUUAACGAGAUGCGAGUGAUGUUCGUCACAGGAGACGGAGAAGAACGAUCCGCUCGAUACGGCGAGGCUAAAGAGCGACUCGACAACGUCGUGCUGGCGCGUGGGGUUACGUACGAGAAGGAGCAUAUGUGCCACGCGCCGGCUAAUUCCACCAUCGGAUGGAGAGAUCCAGGUUGGACUUUCGACGCCGUCAUGAAGCAUCUAAAGCCAGGGAUUAAGUACCACUAUCAGGUCGGGAGUGAUUCCAAAGGAUGGAGUGAGAUUCACAGCUUCGUUUCACGAAACGAGAACUCAGACCAAACAUUAGCUUUCAUGUUUGGAGACAUGGGAUGUUCCACACCGUACAGAACAUUCAUCCGUGGAGAAGACGAGAGUUUAUCAACCGUGAAAUGGAUCUUAAGAGACAUUGAAGCUCUAGGUGACUAUGGUAAUAAAGCCGCAAUCGUGUCACACAUCGGUGAUAUAAGCUAUGCUCGAGGUUACUCGUGGAUUUGGGAUGAGUUCUUUGCGCAGAUUGAGCCAAUAGCUUCUCAAAUACCGUACCAUGUUUGCAUUGGUAACCACGAAUACGAUUGGCCAAUGCAGCCGUGGAAACCAGAUUGGGCUGCUUAUGUCUACGGUAAAGACAGUGGUGGUGAAUGUGGAGUACCUUACAGUGUUAAGUUCAACAUGCCCGGAAACUCAUCGGAAGCCACCGGUAUGGUUACAGGACCUCAAAGUCGGAACCUUUACUAUUCUUACGACAUGGGUUCGGUCCAUUUCGUUUAUAUCUCCACAGAGACUGAUUUUCUCAAAGGAGGGAAGCAGUAUGGUUUCAUAAAGAGUGAUCUGGAGUCUGUUAACAGGAGCAAGACGCCGUUUGUUGUUGUGCAAGGGCAUAGACCGAUGUACACUACGAGCACUAAGGUUAGAGACACUGCGAUAAGGCUGAAGAUGUUGGAGCAUUUGGAGCCGUUGUUUGUGAGGAACAAUGUGACGGUUGCUUUGUGGGGGCAUGUUCAUAGGUACGAGAGGUUUUGUCCGAUUAGUAACAACACUUGCGGUGAGCGUUGGCAAGGAAGCCCUGUUCAUCUUGUGAUUGGUAUGGCUGGGCAAGAGACGCAGCCGAUUUGGGAGCCGAGGCCUGAUCACCCGGAUGUUCCGAUUUUUCCUCAGCCUGUGAGGUCGAUGUACCGUGGAGGAGAGUUUGGGUACACUCGGUUGGUUGCUAACAAGGAAAGGCUCACGCUUUCUUAUGUGGGGAACCAUGACGGAGAAGUUCAUGAUGUGGUUGAGAUUUUGGCUUCAGGGGAGGUUGUUAGCGGUGGUGAUUAUGGUAAAGACUCAAACUUGGGAUCUGAAUCUGAUGGAUUUGCAUUCUUGUGGUAUGUUGAAGGAGCAAGUGUGAUGGUUUUGGGUGUUGUUUUGGGGUAUUUUAUUGGGUUUUUAAGUCGAAGAAAGAGAGAAUCUGGUACCGGAACUGGAUCAUCUAAUAAUGGUCGUUGGAUUCCAGUGAAGAACGAGGAGACAUGA